AGCAAAUUUUUGUUUUAAAGUUUUAUACUCAACGUUUAAAAGAUCGAAAAAAUUAAACAAAUGUGGAAAAUGUUUGACGAUAUGAUAGAAUGUAAUGAGUGUGGAGGUCCUUUGGGACCACCUCCGAAAUUUACGAUACCACCACCACCAAGGCCGCCUGCCAUAUCGGAUUAUACACCGUCGAACGCUCAUAAUUGCAACGAAGAAGAAAUGGCUUUGAAAGCGCAACAAGCCUGGGACAACGAUAUGUGCGAAGCUAUACCGAUACUCGAUGCUAGUCUUUACAGCAGUCAAUCACUGCAAACAUCAGCGAUGAUAGCUGUAUUCUCUUUACUAUUAAUUUUGGUUGUAUUGAUCUCAUCACUGUUCGUGUGGAAAAACAAACGAAAAGUGCAAAAUCUCUUGCCAUGUAAGACACCUACUCGAGGACCUCAUAUAAGCGGAGCUCUAGCUACUUUAGGUUCGGGCCAUGCGGCUGUCACCUAUGAAGAUCCAGACGCUCACUUAGGUCACCAUCGACCUCUAGUAAUGCGUCAUUAUCACAAUGCCGAGAUGUUGCAUGCCAAGAGCAUACACUAUCCAAGCGGUUAUCCUAUGACACGUUCGCCACCAUUUCUAGUAAGUUCUUCGCCUGGUCCGGAUCCUUACCGUUCGAAUGAUAAUGUCUACGAAGAAUUGGGUCCAAGUAGAGAUUCGGAUGGCGAAAGCGAGCCGCCCUUGCAUUCGGAUGAUGAUUUCGCUGAAGACGAACUUUCUUUGCCAGGCGAACGUUCUUUCAAUAAAGUUAAUAACCCAGAAAAUGCUAAUAACGCGUCCACUAUUUAUCAUGAACGUGCGCCGGCUCUAGCCACGGAUCAAAUAGGUCAAAAUUCAAAUGCCAACGCUCCUGAAAGGCACAGUGUAAUGUCAUCAUCAUCCUCCAAUCAGGAUUCUUCUACUGCCACCGCCGCCUCUUCAAGUUCCUCACACAACAACAACAACAGCAAUGGUAUUGCAUCCACUAGUAGCACUUGCGCGGCCAUAUCGUCCGGUGUGCGCACUGGUUCUGCCGGCUUGUUAACGGGAAUGUUAAGACAUACUACCGCUCGUAGUAAAUUUCACAAUUUAAAUAACGGAGCACGUAGUAAAAAUGAACGGAAACCCCCGGCCUUAGCGACAAAUCCAGACAACUUGAACACUUCCACUUCGACAACAGAACCGAAUGACAUAAGUCCCAUACAGCAACUCUACGAUAAUAGCAGUAAUUUAAUGUCUUUGGGUUACGGGCAGCAACACCAACCCGGUCACGCUUAUAAUACCGCUCAAACGCAACUUCCAGCCUAUCAUCAUCAUAGUCUGCAUCAUGUACACCUCAACAACAACCGUCAAAUGGAUCACACACCUACUAAUUUCUACAAUACCAUCGAAAGUGAAGUAGAACGUCGCAAUCGGAUUAAUGUUCAGCUAAAAAAUACCUCUGGAGUAGCCACUAUUUUCCGCGAACGAAUACAAUAUCCGGGCAGUGGACGUUAUCCUCAACAUUAUUAUGCAACGAAUGGCAGUAAUGGUUUACUAGCAAGUUCUAUGCGUGCUCGCACCAAUCCCUGUUCCAUAGAACGUAGAAGACGAGUGGCGGCAGAUACCGUAGAACCAACCUAUGGCUACGCCGAGCCAGUCUAUCAUCAUAACUAUCACUAUGAAUCCUGUAGUACGCCAUCAAGUCUACAGCAAAGAUUAGGACAAACUCUAGCUUAUCCUGCCUACAUAGUGCCCGAGUAUAGCAGUGGUAGUAUAAACAGUUUUCGUCAUACGUCAGCCGGCACAUAUCAGAAUUCUACACAAAUAUACGCGCCCGGUGAUUCUAGUUUUGGUUCCGAUUCGGGCUACAGUCAUCAUACCCCUGCCUCUUCUAUAGGGCGUCAUGACUAUGACGUUGCCAUGCCGCCCAUACCACCUGCCCCACCGGCGCCCACUCAAAAACCGCCCAGUAAACUAGCUACCGCUUUGAGUUUCAGUUGGAAUCGUAAAAAAACAAAUACCAGCAAUUUGCUGUGUUUGCAGCCAGCCGAGACUAAACAUAGAAAUGAACUGUCGAGCACUAGCCCGGCAGAAGUCUCAAGUCCCAACAACAACAGCGCCAGUUCAACGAUAACUUCAGGUCUAGAGAAUACGACUAGCACCACGAAUUCCUCAUCGUCUUGCUCGAGUGGUGCAAAUAAUCCAACUGGUAACAAUAAAAAUAACAACAAUAACAACAGUAGUAACGUCUGUGGCAGCAGUAGUCAUGGAGAGACGUGAGAGUUGAAUUGAUUGAUUUACUAUAGCGUGGGUUAACAGACAAUUCACUUGUAAAAAGGCAGUAAACGUGUCCCUCUCUACCCCGUACCCCCUUUUCCAAAACUUUAAUAAACAAUAAAAUAAACUUUUAAAAAAUUAGGGGAAAUAAACGCAACAGAAUACAACGUAUCAUUAGUGUUUAGGUGAUUUUUGUAAAUAAUUUCUGGAACAAUGAAAAUAUUAAAUUAAAUACAAAAUAAAAAGGAAUACCUUAACUGAAACGGAAAGCUAUUGUAAAUACUUUCAAUUAAAAAUUCGACAAACGAGGAGCUUUGUAUCUUUUCAUUAAGCGCAUUUAACGCAAUUUGUAUAUAGAAAAGUUUAUAUAGCCGAAGAAGAGAGCAAACGUGCAACUAUGUAACGAACGGUAAAGCAAUAAUAAACUACAAGCUACUACAAGCAAAACAGAAACUAUUUGGAAAGUAAAAUUACUAUUGUUAUCAAUCCCUAGCAUUAAUUUUUUUUUUAAAUUCCAUUUCCUUAAGAAAAACAAACUAAUGCAUAAGAAAAACUAUAUUUUGGUUUUUAGUCUAUGGCUGUAAAAGCCAAUCAAACUAAACUAAAAGUGAAAGAAGAAAACUUUAUUGUGAUUGUUAAACUAUUUUAUAGAAUUCCUUCUGUAUAUUUCUAUUUUUAGUUUGUUAGGCGUACACACACACGCACCCACCCACAACAAUACCAACUUAAUACAUUAUUAUUAUAUUAAUAAUAAUUUUUUAUGAGUUUUACUUCUUACCCAACUUCAACAAGGUCAUUAUCUUUUUAUUCUUCUUUGCCCUAAUCAUGAUUUGUUAUAUUAGUUUCUAAGUUUCGUAAAUCAGUAAACGAAAAGCAAACAAAAAGGCAA